GCCAAUUCACUGCCCCGCAGAUCCAUCCGUUUCUUCUCUCAAACCAUCUUGUUAUUUGCUUCCCUAGUCUUUCGCAUCCAGAUUGACACCCUUACCGCUGCAUCUCCUUGACGGACCACACCCUCAUUAUAUCGCGCCAUCUUCCUCUAUCGUUUAUUGCAUUUCACAUUGGGCAGACGUCCCUACCGUUUGUGAAUAUUCCACUUCAACCGAGCUUUAUCAGUCCAAAAGAUGACUACUCCGACUCUGAUCAAUCUCCCUCCCCCGCCAUCGGACCCAGUGACUCCAUCGGACAUGGGGCCAGGGACCCCGAACUCCGGCACGACUUCGUUGUCGGCCUUGUCUACAACCGCCAUUAAAGAUGGCCAUCAGGGUCAGCCUCUUCCCCACGGUCGUCACGCCCACCACUCCCAUUCUGCAUCUGCUACAUCCACCACCACGCUGGAAGCAGAACGCGCCGACCGUAUCUCGCGUCUAGCAGGCCUGGAACGAGUGGCCACGGCUCGAGCGGGUGGCACUCCACAGCCCUCGGGCAUGAUGGCAGGGACUCAAUACCCCGGCUACUUUGACAGUGGCUCUGGGAUCAAAGAAAGAAGUACAGUAGGUAGUGCCAGUGCGACAGGCAGCGUGGGCGCCCGCACGACCUGGGCCAGUGGCAGUGAUGCGUUCGAUGCAGACCGAAUGAGCGAGUACCCGGAGGACGGGACGUCCAGUGUAGGCAACUACAGCGAUGAAGGCGACGCUAGCCUGGUGGCAUUCGGCGAAGGUGCCAGUACCAUUAGUGGACCGACUUCACAUCCGCUGCUGAACCGAACAUCAUCGGGACAUCGACCUAGCUCGUUGGGCAGCCCUGGAGUGAGCCGUGCGAGCGCAUUCGCAUCCCACCAUCAGCAACACUCUGGGGAAGGCGCGAUGCUGCUGUCGACCCAGUCGCCGACCGGAUCCGUGACACCAGAACCUACACAAGAUGCGCGGAUGGUCGAUGGGAUGACGUUUGACUCGGAUGUGAUUGACACCACGGUGAGGACCCCGCGAUUGGCCACUCCCGCUCAUGGUGGCGAGCAGCCGACUUUUUGAGUUACUAGUUUGCUUUCUUUUGUAAGUGGAAAGGGAGACAGACAAACAGACAGAUCGAUGGCAAUAA